UGGAAGUGUCAAGUUACAAAACAAUGCAUGUAAUGUUUUGUGUGGGUUCCACCAACAAUCAACAAAAAUGAGGGAUUGUACAGUUGUUCUUUUUGUUUUAUAGUUGUGCCACUUGACAAUGCAUGUAAUAGUUGUGCCACUUUACCUUUUCCAUUUUAUAUCAAUUGUUCUUUUGUUUUAUAUUAAAAAUGGAGGGCAAAUGUGACUUUUACUUGUAAAGUAACUUUAUAAAAAUCAAUUCAUAAAUUAUAAUAUUAACAACCAGACAAUUUAAUGUCAAAAUGCAUUUAUUAUAUCAAUACAUGCAUUAUAUCCUAAUGAUUCAUAACAGUACAAUAAUUUAAUAUACACAACUUUCAAAGGACCCCAUAUAUUAUUAUGCAUGCAUUGAUGACAAUGAAUCAACUUAACUAUCACCAAAACCAAACGACCCCUGAAUCACGAAUUUAAGACAAAUACUUUACCAUUUUAACUUUGCUAGUACAAUCUGAUACAAUUUUACAAUCAACCAUGCGAGACCUCACACAAAGUUAUUGCUUCACCAGAAGCCACACAAGAUGAUGGGAAUCUAGAUGAUAAUAUACCCAAUAUUGAUCCAAGGGAUGUCAUUGAUGGUCCACUUACUCGGACCAGACUUACAACUUGCUUAUGUUAUCAAAGACGCUCUCAAAGAGUUGUCAAACCCUAAGGAAGAUGCUAGAUUUAAGAAAUGGGGAUAUCCUACAACUAUCAUAGUCUAACAAGGAUUUGUCGAAGAUGUUUAAUUGCUGUACAUGUUGGGUUAGGAGUCUUUUUAUUAAAUUUGCUUUAUUUAUUUGUUUCAGUAAGUACUUUUUAGUUUCCUAGGUGUAGAAGGAAGUAUUUUCUUUUGAGUUAGCCUCUCUAUAAAUAGAAGGCUUGUAGUUCAAUUUUAUUCAUUCAUUAUUCAGAUUUCAAUAAGAGCUUUCAAGACUUGCAAGAAAUAUUUCCUUGUGAUUUCUUAGACUUAUCAACCCCUUGGUUGUGGCGCCUUGCCCCGAACCUUAUCAUCGGCUGGUGUGGCGGUUCUUCCUCCAUUUAACCUACCCAAAACCCUAAAUUUUCCAAUUUCUUACAAUCUCCAGCAACACUAGCUAUUUUAUUCUCAAUUAGACCAGUUUAGGCACGUCGGUUUGGUAUCAGAGCUUCGAUUUUUGCUAGACUUUUAGUUAAUUUUCUUUAAAAAAAAACAAAACAAAAAACUCUUUCCUUUUUUGGAAUGACAUUCCCUUCAACCGAAGGAAGGAUGAGUGGAGAAGUAAAAGUCGAGCCAACUUUGCAAUCUCUUCAAGAGUCUCUCCUGCAGCUUACUACGAAUGUUCAACAGUUGGUAGAAAAUCAACAAGAUGACAGAGGCAGGAGUCAACCUAGGAGGGCGGUUCGAGGUGCUCGCAUUAACAAGGAAGACGAAGAACAAGACCGAAAGAGGGUUACUCAUGGAGAUAUUAAGAUUAAAAUCCCUUUGUUUGCCGGAAAGAGUGAUCCUGAAGAAUUUUGGGAUUGGGUGGACAAAGUUGAUUGUGCUUUUGAGUGUCAAGACUAUGAAGAAUUCGUCAAAGUUCGUCUUGUAGCAGCUGAACUUACCAGUUAUGCUAAUUUAUGGGGGGGAAAAACUAAAGCUCAAAAAAGGAAUCCUAUUGAGGUUUGGGAAACAUUGAAGACAUUGAUGAAUGAAAGAUUUGUGCCAGGCUAUAAUAAGCAAUAACUAUAUUACAAAUUUUUAGAAUAUUGAGCAACGAGGUAAGAGUGUGGUAGAUUAUGCUACAGAAUAUGAGAUGUUGCAGAUGAGGUGCAAACUCGAUGAACCUAAAGAGAUGGACACAGCUCGUUUCAUGAGGGGGUGAAGAACCUAUUAAACUUUGGAGGAAGUCAUUCAAUUGGCUGUCAAAGUUAAGAAACAAAAGACAUCCAAUCAAAAUACUAGAGCUACCCCUCAUAUCACAUCAAGGACCAUAGAUUGGAAGCAUAAAGAGCACCCUAAAACCACUCCUAAACCUGAAGAGUCACGAAGAGAGGAGUACAAGGAGAAGGCAGUUUCUAGGUAUGUGCAGACUAGCACCAUUAAAUGCUUCAAAUGACUGGGUAGAGGACAUAUUUCUUCCCAAAGUCCUAAUCGACGAGUUGUCAUCAUGAGGGGACUCCCUCCUGAUUAUGAGAGUGAAAAGGAAGAUGAAACAGAUGAAGAAAAUGGCGAGGCAGAACCUGAUGGAGAAUUGUUUUUUGUUAGAAGACUUUUGGGAACUCAAGUAAUGGAAGACGAGGAAUGUGAAAAUUUGAUUCACAUACAUGGCAAGAUCAAAGAGAACAAGUACUUAUUCAUUAUCGAUGGUGGGAGUUGCACAAAUGCUGCUUCAACUUAUUUGGUGCAGAAAAUGAAGUUGGUUGUUUGGAUCACCCGCACCCAUAUAAACUAUGGUGGAUAAAUGACAAGGGUGAACUCUUAGUUACCAAAAAAGUACGAGUCCCAUUCUCAAUUGGCAACUACUCUGAUGAGAUUGUAUGUGAUGUGGUGCCUAUGACAGCCUGCCAUAUUCUGUUGGGACGCCCUUGGAAGUUUGAUCGUGAUGUUGAUUUUAAAGGAUCUGCCAACACUUAUACUAUGUGGAAAGAUGGAAAAUCAUACAAGUUGAAACCUCGAAGUCUCCAAGAAGUUAAGAAAGACCAACGAGUAAUGAUUUCCAAGGUGAAAGACUACUCGAAAACCCAUCAUGUGAAAAAGGAGGCCUUAUUUGCUACGCAAAAAGAAGAAAUGGAGGUACUUCAAGGAAAUGGUUCUGUUUACCUAUAGAAUGCACCUAGAGGAGGCUAAGGAGCUACAAAGGCAGGUGGGCGAAUUAUAGAAUAAGGGAUACGUUCGAGAAUCGUUAAGUUCUUGCUCUGCGCCUACCUUGUUGGUAUCAAAGAAAGACGGUACAAUGAGGAUGUGUGUGGAUAGUCGAGCUAUCAACAAGAUCACCAUCAAAUACCGACAUCCUAUUCACAAGUGGAUGACAUGUUAGAUGAACUACAUAGUUCAACGUGGUUUUCGAAGAUUGAUUUGAAGAGUGGCUAUCAUAAAAUUCGAAUGAGAGAAGGGGGUGAAUGGAAGACGACAUUCAAAACCAAGCAUGGGUUAUUUGAGUGGCUGGUUAUGCCCUUUGGCUUGACAAAUACUCCUAGUACAUUUAUGAGAUUAAUGAAUCACAUAAAAAGGAACUUUUUGGGAAAAUUUGUGAUUGUUUAUUUUGAUGACAUUCUUAUAUAUAGCAAGAGUUUGGAAGAACAUGUUUCUCAUGUGAAACAAGUCUUGGAGGUUUUAAGACAAGCACAACUAUAUGAGAAUUUUAAGAAGAGUCACUUCCGCCAAGAACGUGUAGUAUUCUUGGGUUUUAUUGUCUCCAAAGAAGGCGUUGAAGUGGACGAGGAGAAAAUUAAGGCAAUUAAGGAUUGGUCGUCUCCUAAAAGUGUUGGGGAAGUACAAAGCUUUCACGGCCUAGCCUCAUUCUAUAGAAGGUUUGUGAAGAAUUUCAGCUCUAUUGUGGUGCCAAUGAUUUAAUGUUUGAAGAAAGGAGGUGAAUUCAAAUGGAGUGAUGUCGCACAAAGAAGUUUUGAGGAGAUCAAGAAAUUAUUGUGUGAAGC